AUGACGACGGAUAUUGCGGCGAGCGCGACACAGAAGUCGGCGAGGAUACAGCGAAAUUGCGGCGGCUCGUGGAGGCCGAGCGUCUCGAAGCGAACCCUGAUCAUUGUUUUGUGCCUUUUGUUGUCCACACACGGCUUGGCGUCGGCGGAGACAGUCCGAAUUUGCGGUGAGAAGCUGAUCAAGAAGGUGCAGGCUCUGUGCACGUUCAUCGUGGAUGGCGCAACGCAUGUGUGCUUCAAAUCGAUGAAAAAUCAUGUUUCGCGAAGACAUAUCUUUCUGGGUGAGUUUUGCGGCAUUUACCGAGCCUAUUGAUCUGACAAAGGCCAGGAUUACUUCGGGAAAGCCUUUUUUCUUCAAAUUCAAAGUUUAUUUGAUCUCUGUUUGGACUGUUUUGUUAGCUAAGGCAGUUGCAACACUUUAAAAUCACCCUUGCUCAUCCUGUAUCUCCUUGAACAAUUUCUAACCCAUUUCUUUGCAGAGCAUGGUCAUCAUCGGCUCAAUAAACGCUCCGGAAUCGCCGACGACUGCUGCGUGAACCGCUGCACAAUCGAGCACAUGAAGCGGGUCUGUUGCGAUGACGAGGAGCUGGAUAAAUACGUCAAGCAACGGUUGGAGCGCCGGUAG